AUGAUUUCAACAAUCGGCACAACAACAAUUCAAGCCGCGAACGGCGGGACUCUGUCCACAACAACAGCACCAAACUCGUUAGUCAUGAAUCCAACAUCUAUGUUAGUAGAAAUGAAAAGCUUCAUUCCUUCUUCAUAUACUUUUGAAACAGAAAUCCAGAAGAUAAAGCAAGAACUUUUAACAAGUAAUUUAGACUGUAGUGCGAAAGAUGAAGAAAAUGAAGAAUAUCUUUAUGAAAUGCAGGACAUUAUUGACCAUUUACCUAAACUACCUGAAAUCCAACAACAAAAACUCACUAUUCCUGAAUUCGACGAAAUUGAAGUCAAAGCAACUGACUCAGUAGAAAUAAAGAAGUUCAUACGUAAAGUAAAUUAUGAAUUCCUUGGUUUUCAUUGCAACCAUAAAGUUAUGGACAAAGAUUGCGACAUGGUAUAUAAAAACAUUUCUGACAUAUAUAAAUCUGAGGAGUUUAAGACUUACGAUAACUUUGUUUCAUUAGUUGCAAAAUGUGUUUGGGAAAUAAGAGAUAAAGAUAGAAGAGGUAAAAUAUGGAACGAACAGAUAAGACCAACUGCUUUUGAGUUAAAGAAAACCAUUGACGCCUUAGUUGUUUUAGCAG